GUUGGUAGGAGGAGAGGAUCCGAGCUGUUUUCUCCUUGAUGCCAAGAUUUGGAAAGUGCACAUCUUUCCACUGUCAUCACCAAGGGCUGGCCCGCAGGACGUGGGGACGAAGACCAGAGCCUUGCUACCAUCCCGGCCACCGUCCACUGCCUGUGGUGGCCAUGGACUGUGCAGAAAACUGAGCUUCGCCCUGCAACAGGAGGAGGUGGCAGAACUCACCAGUAUGGUCCACCGGAUUGGCUGCCCUCAGCCGCCCUGCUGCUAAAGCGACCCUGGAGAGACUGGUGGGGACCCAGGCUGUGCAGCCAGGGGCCUGCUGGGGCUAGGAGCAGGGCCUGCCGUUCAUGGGUCUCUAGGAAUUUCCGAGAUGCCUGGCAAGAGAGGCUGCGGCUGGUGGCGGGCUCAGCUGCCCCUUUGCCUGCUCCUUAGCCUUUACGGCCCCUGGGUGCCUUCCUCCCUGGGGAAGCCCAAAGGCCACCCCCACAUGAACUCCAUCCGUAUAGACGGGGACAUCACGCUGGGUGGCCUAUUCCCCGUGCACGGCCGGGGCUCCGAGGGCAAGGCCUGUGGAGAGCUCAAGAAGGAGAAGGGCAUCCACCGUCUGGAGGCCAUGCUCUUUGCUCUGGACCGCAUCAACAAUGACCCGGACCUGUUGCCCAACAUCACGCUGGGCGCCCGCAUCCUGGACACCUGUUCCAGGGACACCCAUGCCCUGGAGCAGUCGCUGACCUUUGUGCAGGCGCUCAUCGAGAAGGACGGCACGGAGGUCCGAUGUGGCAGUGGCGGCCCACCCAUCAUCACCAAGCCUGAGCGUGUAGUGGGGGUCAUCGGUGCUUCAGGGAGCUCGGUCUCCAUUAUGGUGGCCAACAUCCUUCGCCUUUUCAAGAUCCCUCAGAUCAGCUACGCCUCCACAGCCCCUGACCUGAGCGACAACAGCCGCUACGACUUCUUCUCCCGUGUGGUGCCCUCGGACACGUACCAGGCCCAGGCCAUGGUGGACAUCGUCCGCGCCCUCAAGUGGAACUACGUGUCCACGCUGGCCUCGGAGGGCAGCUACGGCGAGAGUGGCGUGGAGGCCUUCAUCCAGAAGUCCCGCGAGGAUGGGGGUAUAUGCAUCGCCCAGUCGGUGAAGAUACCACGGGAGCCCAAGCCAGGCGAGUUUGACAAGAUCAUCCGGCGCCUCCUGGAGACUUCUAAUGCAAGAGCCGUCAUCAUCUUUGCUAAUGAGGAUGAUAUCAGGCGUGUGCUGGAGGCAGCACGAAAAGCCAACCAGACGGGCCACUUCUUCUGGAUGGGCUCGGACAGCUGGGGCUCCAAGAUUGCCCCUGUGCUGCACCUGGAGGAGGUGGCGGAGGGUGCUGUCACUAUCCUCCCCAAGCGGAUGUCUGUGAGAGGAUUUGACCGCUACUUCUCUAGCCGCACGCUGGACAACAACCGGCGCAACAUCUGGUUCGCCGAGUUUUGGGAAGACAACUUCCACUGCAAGUUAAGCCGCCAUGCACUCAAGAAGGGCAGCCACGUCAAGAAGUGCACUAACCGAGAGCGCAUUGGGCAGGACUCAGCGUACGAGCAGGAGGGGAAGGUGCAGUUUGUGAUUGAUGCUGUAUAUGCCAUGGGCCACGCACUGCACGCCAUGCACCGGGACCUGUGCCCUGGCCGGGUGGGGCUCUGCUCGAGAAUGGACCCUGUGGAUGGCACCCAGCUGCUCAGAUACAUCCGAAACGUCAACUUCUCAGGCAUUGCAGGGAACCCAGUGACCUUCAAUGAGAAUGGAGAUGCACCCGGGCGCUAUGACAUCUACCAGUACCAGCUGCGCAACGGCUCUGCUGAGUACAAGGUCAUCGGCUCCUGGACUGACCACCUGCACCUCAGAAUAGAGCGGAUGCACUGGCCGGUGAGUGGACAACAGCUGCCCCGCUCCAUCUGCAGCCUUCCCUGCCAGCCGGGUGAGCGGAAGAAGACAGUGAAGGGCAUGCCCUGCUGCUGGCACUGUGAGCCCUGCACGGGGUACCAGUAUCAGGUGGACCGCUACACCUGCAAGACGUGCCCCUAUGACAUGCGGCCCACAGAGAACCGCACGGGCUGCCGGCCCAUCCCCAUCAUCAAGCUCGAGUGGGGCUCGCCCUGGGCCGUGCUGCCUCUCUUCUUGGCCGUGAUGGGCAUCGCCGCCACGCUCUUUGUGGUAGUCACCUUCGUGCGCUACAACGACACUCCUAUCGUCAAGGCCUCAGGCCGGGAGCUGAGCUACGUGCUGCUGGCGGGCAUCUUCCUGUGCUAUGCCACCACCUUCCUCAUGAUUGCCGAGCCCGACCUGGGCACCUGCUCGCUGCGCCGCAUCUUCCUGGGGCUGGGCAUGAGCAUCAGCUACGCUGCCCUGCUCACCAAGACCAACCGCAUCUACCGCAUCUUCGAGCAGGGCAAGCGGUCGGUGAGCGCGCCGCGCUUCAUCAGCCCCGCCUCCCAGCUGGCCAUCACCUUCAGCCUCAUCUCCCUGCAGCUGCUGGGCAUCUGCGUGUGGUUUGUGGUGGACCCCUCCCACUCGGUGGUGGACUUCCAGGACCAGCGGACGCUCGACCCCCGCUUUGCCCGGGGCGUGCUCAAGUGCGACAUCUCGGACCUGUCGCUCAUCUGCCUGCUGGGCUACAGCAUGCUGCUCAUGGUCACGUGCACCGUGUAUGCCAUCAAGACGCGGGGCGUGCCCGAGACGUUCAACGAGGCCAAGCCCAUCGGCUUCACCAUGUACACCACCUGCAUCGUCUGGCUGGCCUUCAUCCCCAUCUUCUUCGGCACCUCACAGUCUGCUGACAAGCUGUACAUCCAGACGACCACGCUGACGGUGUCGGUGAGUCUGAGCGCCUCGGUGUCCCUGGGGAUGCUCUACAUGCCCAAGGUCUACAUCAUCCUCUUCCACCCGGAGCAGAACGUGCCCAAGCGCAAGCGCAGCCUCAAAGCCGUCGUCACCGCCGCCACCAUGUCCAACAAGUUCACGCAGAAGGGCAGCUUCCGGCCCAAUGGCGAGGCCAAGUCCGAGCUGUGCGAGAACCUCGAGGCCCCAGGGCUGGCCACCAAACAGACCUACGUCACCUACACCAACCAUGCAAUCUAGUGAGGCCGCUGGAGCCGCGCAGCGGGAGGACCCGGGACCCUUGUGGAUGGUGCGUUAGGCCUGGCCCCCGCCUGCGGGCCCCGCCGAUGUCCUGCCUCCCCGUGGGUGCCCACGGACAUGGCUUGGUGCUGAGGACAGCAGAGCCCCUGGCGGUCAAUGCUGGGUGACCUGGGCAAGCUGGGUGGGUGGCUGGAGGAGAUUGAGGGGCAAGGACAACUCAGGUCUCAAGAACCUGGUCUGGGACCAUUGCCCUCUGACCUCACACCACAGGGGCUCAGGUAUGUGGGCCC